AUGGCACAUUUCACACGUUUUGUUUUAUUUGAAGAUAAAUUUAGUACAAAUUUAUUUACAUUCAUUCUUCCAAGUUCAUUUCUAUUAGGAACAGAGGAAAAAUUAACUACGCGAGAAUUUGUUUGUCGACAUGUUCCAUUUGCAUUGACAUUUGUUAAGAAUGGCGAUCAAAUCAAUGUAUUUCUUCUUCAUCGUAGUCGAGAUACUGAACGACUUGAAAUGACACUUGAUCUCAGUAUUGCUCUAUUAUGUCGAGAACAUUUUACACGUAAUGAAUCAUUUACAGAGAGGAACUGUAAAUUCACCAAUAAAAUUACUCUACAUGGACGAAAAUCGUUUACAUCAGUUAAUCGUCUAUGCUCAGUCGAAUAUAUGGACGAACGUGGAAAUAUUCAAUGUGAACUCGAAAUUAAGAAUCUCUCUAUAUCGUACAUAACUGAAGUACAACUAAGUCCACAAUUAGUCAAUCCGCAAUAUGCACAUGUUAUGCAGCCAACGAAUAAUCGCCAACCGAUCGAUGCAAAGAUCGAAACGCCUUCGUUUUUCUAUUCGAACUACGAAUGGAAUAUGGUUAUUCAGCCGAAACUCGAUAGCGUCGGUCAACUCGGACAUUUUCGAUUGUAUCUACAGCGUUUAACUCCAUGUGAUUAUUCUGUUAAAAUCUCCUAUCGUGUGAAAUUAAUCGCUGGAACUGGAACGUAUUCAUGGGAUUCGUAUCAAGAACGUAAAUCGACAAAUCCGAACGAUACGAAUACAUAUGAAAUUAAUUAUACGGACAUUCACGGUCUCUGUCGACCAUUUCGUAUCGAUCGUGUUCGAGAUUUACUGCAAACGGAAGGAAAAUUCACUGUGAAUGUUGAACUUAAAGAUGCUGUUACUGUCAUACCAAUUAUUGUUGAUCCAUUUGCUCCGAAUCCAGUUCCCAUUGCUUUUCUCGACAAAGAUCAACAAGCAUGGACUGUUGAAGCUUACAUUGAAGAGCAAUGUUUCAUCAUACGUCUCUAUUAUUCGGAUAUAUUCAAAAUUCCCACGGACUACAUUCGUUCAAUAUGUUUUAACAUCACUGUUCGAAAUUUCAAUGAUUCGAAGAUUACCACCAGCGUAUUUCCGAAGCCCGUCACGAAAUAUUAUGCACAGAAAGAAAGCGAUGAAGGCUUGGAAAUUAGUACAACAUUGGAUGUCGAUGAAUUGAAUGAUCGUGGAUAUUUGAAUGAACAACAAUGUGUGACAAUUGAAAUUGAAAUAUUUUUCUCUCAUUUAAUGUAUUUGCCGGAAUAUUCACCAUUGGAUGAUAUCGUUCGAAAACAAAAGCAGCAGAUAAUGCGUGAACUGCUAGCAGCACAGAAUGAAAACUUUCAAUUAGAGAAGAAAAUUCACGAAUUACAGAUGACUAUACAAAACCCAUCUAUGUCCGGUCGAUUGUCUGACUUUGGAAAUGGUGCACAAGGUGGUCUCAACGCUGCAGCUACACCUGAAGUUGUUCGCAAAUACUAUGAAAAGAAGUACGGUGAUAAAGGUUCAACAAGUAAUCCUCCCCUAUCAAACUACAGCAACGCCGCCAGUUUCGAUGGCGGACAGUCGAAUUCUUCGUCGAUGAGAAACGGUGGCCUAAUUGGUAAAGGUUUAUCAUCGUCAAUACCUCAACCAAAUGUUACCAUGGGUGCGCGUAGUUCGACAUUUAAAUUUCCAACCAAACUAUCUGAUUCAAUACAGAAUACGAUCAACAACACCAGUCAAUCUUUGCAAUCGAAAUUGCCAGCUAGUUUGCAAAAACUACCAGCGAGUUUAACCCAAGGACCAACAAUGAACAUGUUGGCGAAUAAAUUACAAAAUGCAUUUUCGUAG